UAUAAUAAAUAAUACUAAACUAUCUUCCAGAUACGACGUAUAUAAUAUAACCGGAGGUCUCACCGUACGAUGCUCCCGUUGUAGGAAAGGUGUUCGUCGGGCGAGAGAGAGAUGGAUGGUUCAGUGGCUUUCAAUGGCGAGCCUGGAUCUAGAGAAGCUUCUUGAUCUACAGUUUACGGAUCGCCCUCUCUGCUUCGUCGAUUCACAACUCGAGAACAAAUGUAACUGAGAGAGACAGAAGUUUGCGGUUUUCUUGGCUCAGAGUGUUGGCUACUUACUGCACGUCCUAUUUUAUAAGGUAACGGUGGCCUCGCUUUCGCUGUAAAUAAAAAGAGGCAAGCAUGCGGUAAACAAACAUAACAUAUUUUAGUUGGUCAAGCUCUCGUAAUAUUUUAGUUGGCCAAAUGAACCAAUUACCUUAUUUUUUAAUUAUAUAAUAAACUAAAUAACUAAAAUCAUGAAGAACAUGACACAUAAUCAAAUUACUUCUCUCAAAUAAUAAUAUAGAUUUACUUUUAUCUUUCAAGCUUAUUAUAUUUAUCUCCAACAAAAAGGAUAUCCUAUAUUAUUAUCAGAGGUAAAUCGAAAACAGAUGCCCUAAUGGAUUUGCAUGUUAGCCUUCCGUGGGAACUAGAGGAAGAUAUACUCUCUCGCCUUCCACCUCAAUCUCUUCUCCGAUUCAGAGCCGUGUCUAAGAGAUGGAACUCUGUUUUCAAAGACAAGAGAUUUAUCAACAACCACUUGUCUCUCUCUCGUCCCCAGUUCAUCUUCCUGACCAAAUCAAAAAUUUAUUCGAUAGACAUCAUCGAUCGAAGGACAAAAUUGCGUGAGCUACACUCUUCCUGCAGGGAUUUAAAUUUGCAAUACAAAAGAAUCACUACUUGCGAUGAUCUCUUGUUCUGUAGAUAUCCUCCAUUCUGUUCGAAGAAGGAGACAGCGCUCUGGAAUCCAUGGUUGAGACAGUUUAACUUGAUCAAGAUCAACUUGUCCGUGGGCAAAGAGUUCAGUGUUUUCGGCUUAGGAUACGACAACAGUAGACCCCAAAAGGUUCACAAGCUUUUACUGUACUGCCCACCACCUCAGGAAACUGCGAUCUACGACUGUGCCUCUCACGUGUUGAGGUAUAUCAAAACACCUUACGAGGUAGACAUAUCUGAAAUAGCUAGACGGUCACAUGUGUCCUUGUAUGGAAAUUUGUAUUGGAUGGCUUACAAUCUCCAGACUUGUCAGUAUUUAAUCCAAAGCUUUAAUUUCUCGAUGGAGAUUUUCAAACCCUUUGGUCUCAUUCCUUUACCAGAUAAGCCUUGUUUGUAUGGUCUUCGCCUUGCGGUUUGGAAAGGAGAUAGGUUUUCCUUGUUAAAGCAAACCUAUUCUAAAAGGAAGAUUGAAAUUUGGGUAAUGGAGAAUAAGAUUGAUGAUAAAGAAGAAGUGGUGUGGAUAAACUUGAUGACCUUGACAGCAACUAACUUGCCAGAGUUGUUUCAUAAGAUGUAUGGCGUUAGUUACUUCAUCUAUGACAAGACCCUAUUCAUGUGUUGUAGCGACGAUAAAGAUAAACAUCCUUGCAUAUAUAUUGCGAAGGGAGACGUGUGCAAUAAGAUUCAGAUAGGGUAUGGCCAAGUCGGUUGGUUUUCUCACUGUGCUUAUGUUCCAAAUUUGACCCCGGUUCCUUUAGAAUUUCAGAUUUGAGUGAAUUGUUGCAACUCUGGUAUUAUCAGCUUUUCUUUUAAGUUGUUGCAUGUCUUUUGUUUUAUUUGACAUUUUAAAGUGAUUGAAUGCUCUUUUCAGUUUUACUUGAAUGAUUUGAAUGUUUAUGUCUCAAGUUGAUACAAACAUGCAACAAAGGUCUUUUUUGCCACCAGAUGGAAGAAGUGGAAAAAGGACAAAUAUCACAAACAGAUUAAAAGGACAAGGUCGGCUUCGCCGAUAACAUUUUCUCGCCAAAACAGAACCGGUUGCCGAAGAACAAAAGAACAAAGAA